GAACGCACGGGCAGUUUUGUUAAUGCAAUGCAAAGUGCUUGAAUAUCCGCGGAUGUCAUGCGUCGAGGCAAAACUUCUCAGAAAAUUGUGGAGAAACAUUUCCAAAAAAAUUUUUCGCAGGUAUCUGAACAAUUAUAUCCCAGACAUACCUGAGGUGUGGAAAAUUUCCCUGAAACAAAAACCUUCAAGGGUAGAAACGGUUGUCAAGAGGCUCCAGACAAUAUCAGUCAUCAGAUGGAUGCUCAUAAAAGUCCAAACGUGUCUUGACACGUUCAACUGCUGUGUCAACGUGUCGACACUGCUGGAUAAAAUAAAUUUGAAUUUUCACCGCUCAGUGGCUCCCCCUGACCCGAGGAUCUAGAAUGUAGUGGGGGAAAUGCCUUCCAUUCAACACCAUUUUUUAUCUGCCGCCCCAUUGGCGCAUGCGCAGCAGUCCGAAAAUAACAUUCCCCUAGAGCUUCCCUCGCCACCGCAGUCUCAAUCUUCACAAGCGUGUCGAUGCUCGCACGGAAGCAACUUCCUUUUUACGUCUUUCUAUUCUACUAUACUAUGGUGUGCGUACUCUGAGGCAUCGUACGGGAGACCUUGAGUGGUUUUUGGCUGCCCUUUCACAGAAAAAGGAAACGAGUGACCAAGUUUCACGCCAAUAUCUCAAGAAAAGCCAAGCCGAAAAUUCAUUUUAACCAAAAAAUGAGUCUAGCAACACCGUUCAAACGCUCAGCGUCUGCUUCGAUUGGUCCCGGAGUGUGGGAGGCACGAGCAUCUGAUGAGGAUGAACAAGGUAAUGAGCCAGAGGCGAAGAAGCCAAAGUACUCUUGGUACGUGACACUGGAGAGUGAAACGCCAGAUGGCACAUCGGAGGAUGAGAGUGAUAAUGAAUCUGUUUACAGUGUGCAGGACCAGGAGACUGAAUACGCUCGUGACACAUCGGACACGUCAACCAACACAUGGAUAAGCACUGACAACGGAAACAUGUCUCUGCCUGUCGAGUAUGAAGUGGCAUCGAUGUCUGAGUCAGACAAUCCUUUUUUGGAUACUUUGACCUCGUCAGAUCCUGAGGACGUAAUCCCCCGGGGCAUACUCGUCGACAUUAUUGAAUCGGAGCUGGACCCAGCGGACAGCAGUGAUGACUCUCGUUCCUCAAUAGACAGUGAGAUUGGACGUGCAGAUUACUGGACGUGUCUGCAAUGCAAUACGAAGAAGAACAACCCCCUGUUCCCGUACUGUGAGAAAUGUUUUCAAAUAAGAAAGAAUUUCUACCCCCCACGUCCAAAAUGGAAGAGGCAGAGGAGUAAAACGCUUCUCAAACCCAUGAAGAAGUCGAUUCCAGAGAAAAAAGACUCCUCCCAAGAAGAACUGAUAAAAACAGACUCUGGAUUAGGCUCGAGUCAGGGGAGUCAGUCAAUAUCAGAGUUUGAUUCUGAGAGUGUCAUUUCGUCUCAGUGCGCAAACACAACCCUGGGAGCAUCCCCAUCGUUUCUAAAGAACUCUGUAGAUUCUGUCGAUAGUGCUUCCCCCAGUUUUGUUCCUCUCAAAACCGUGAGCCACUGCUCAACCCCAAAAGACUUGCAAUCCAAUGCAGAAAGUAAAAUAGACAUUAUUCGGGAUAAAGAACAACCUGAUGACGAUAGUGACAGUAAAUUCUGCAAUAUGUGCACGGUUAACCCAAAAGAUGGGGUCUUCGUUCAUGGCAAGGCGUCACACAUAUGCUGCUGCUACAGGUGUGCUGUUAAAACAUGGAAGACAACGAAGUACUGUCCCAUUUGUAAUAGAAAAGUAACAAAUGUCUUGAAAGUUUAUAUCGUUUAAUAUGGCUGUGGGAAGUACAGCCUCUUUCGCCAAAAUGUGUUCCUUACUCGCCAUAAUUUAUCUUUCUCAUUCGAAAUGAUUUUGAUGAAUUAUUUGGAAAGAGGUGACCAGAAGGCCUGACCAGAAGGAUUCCACAGUUCAUUGAUUUUUAGGGAUACAAGUCAAGUUAAAAAUGCCUUUUAUUGAUUGAAAUUUUAUUGAAUUAGAGGGGCUCUUUAAUAUUCAAUAAUGUAAUUGUACGAUUUGUGAGACAAGAUUGUGGCCUUUGACAGUUCCCAAAGGCUAAUUCAUCAGUCAAUUGUUAAUGAGAUGAGAUAAUUUUUAGAUUCCAAAAAAAUACGUUUUUUCUUUUGAGAUAGGCCAAGAUUGGGCUGAACUGACUGUUUCAAAGAGAGCGUUGAUGAUGGAAUUGUUUAUUUUGUUUCAACUGCAUUUUUUUUUUUUUAUCAUUCAGUUUUUGUCAUCAUUCACAUUUUUCGUAAUUCCCUAAUUCAUUGUGUUUAACUGAACACAUUUGUCUCGAAGCUAUAAAAGGUUAAAAAAUUUCGAUCCAUUAAUGGAUUCGUUGGUCAGGCUGUUUAAAUGAGAAAUAUUUUUUUAAUGAAAAAUUAUGAAAAAAGAAAUUUAUUCGAUUGAUCUAGUAUUUAUGAUUUAGGCAGAUCAAAUUACAACUUAUAAUUAUGGAUCGCUUACAUACCAAAAAUAAUAGGGCCUGGAAUAUUUCAUGCUAUCUGCAGUUAUGCUGCGUUUAGAGAUGAAAAAUAUUCUACGAAUUCAACAACAAAUUGUGGGUCUAGGUAAAUUAUAAUUGCGAGUUUCGACUUGUUUAUGCUCGUCUUUUCGAAUUUGACUUUUCUAGAUUAGGUAGGACAUCAACAAAUGAAAAUGCCUUGAAGUAUCAUUAGAAGAGAAUAAAAUUUUAUCGUGUA